UUUUUGACCCUGUCUGAUGAGAGAAGCUCCAGUCUGAGUUAAAUCGUGUUCACCCAGUUUUAUUUUAGACAUGAAUUGUGUUUCCUGUGUCAGGUUGUGGCACACAGCCUGCGGCGGCAGAGACUCAGACGUGGUUGUGUUUGGUGGAAGCUGCGACUACAUCCUGCUAGUUGACACGGGACAUUGCAACGACGCUCUUGUUUUCCAGAUGCAGCCACAUCCUUUGUUCAGGAUCUGUGAGGAUUACAUUGCUAAGAAUGUGAGGACCUUGGAGAGGCUGAGAAAGCAGCUUCCUCUUCUUCCUCCCAAGAUGCAAAAGGCUCUGCAGAGGAGGAUUUCUUUCUACCGGCCCUCAAAGAAGCAGAGCAACAAUUAAACCUUCAAAAAAUGCCAAAACAUCACAAUGUCAUAUACGGCGACUAGUUUAAAUUAAAAGACACACUGUGCAGAUAUAUUUAUGGGGUUUUAUUUGAUUAUUUUACAGAUAUACAUUUGAUUUUGUACAGCGUUUGUGUCCAAACAGUCAUGUUCUGUUUAUGUGAUGGCAGUUUAUUAAAUAAGAUGUUUGAAAAUCA